AGGGCACAAGCUGUACCCCAAGACAGAAGAGACGUAUUGCUGAGGGUGUUAGGACCCAGGAAGGUUACCAGAGCUGUAGGUGGAGCAUCAUGAGAGUGUGAGGCGGAGACGGAGAAGGAAAACGAAAGGAAAGCAGUAUUUGUUACAAGGAUCCCCAGGGAGAGGAUCAGUUUUGUAUUUUUUCUUAACUGGAAUUAAAGGUCUAGUUUACACUUCAGCAGUGUACAUCAGCGAGGGAGAACGAUCUACCAGUAUCGGGUAUUUAGGCGUACAGACGACAUUUGCGUUGGCAUAUUAUUUCAGAUUUCCGGGAGAUAUGUAUGUUCGUGAACAGCAGCCCAGACUGCUAGAGUUGAACCUUUUGGCCCACACAUCAUUAGCUGUUUCUUUUCCACUGUGACAACAUUAAUUCCUGUAACGGAGGAAAGAAAACACAUUUUCGUUAGGAGCAGCCCAUAGUUAUAACACACUUUUUAAACCUCCAGAGUACAAACACAUUUGCUUACCAAGUCUGCCAUUCUGUGUGUGAGCAAAGUGAAGGAAACACAAUGGCUAAUCAAAAUGGAGUGAUUCAUGCUCUUGUACAAACUGGUGGUUCACAGCAAGUGCCUCAACUGAUGACAGAUGCUUCUUCUCCUGGGGGGAAGUCCUUACCCACUGGCAAGCAAGGCAAAAAGAACAAUUCUAUGGACAGGAACAGCGACGAGUACCGUCACCGUAGGGAGCGCAACAACAUGGCUGUUAAGAAGAGCCGUCUGAGAAGCAAACAGAAGGCUGCCGACACUCUUUCAAGAGUUAAUCAGCUGAAGGAAGAAAAUGAACGUUUAGAAGCUAAGAUUAAACUCCUUUCAAAGGAACUCAGUGUUUUAAAGGACUUGUUUCUUGAACAUGCACACAGCCUAGCAGACAAUGUACAGCCUGUUAUUAUGGACAGCUAUUCACAAAGCCAGGAUGGUACUGCUAAACAGUAAACAUUGUAUUUGAUUGUUUAAAUAAAAAUUUUGUAUGAUG